GCCUGCUCGCCUGGGGUGGGGGCCUGUGCUGACGCUUGGGACUCCUACGUGUGCUGCACGUGGGGCACCCAGCUGGAGGCGACUCUGGGUGCAGACUGGCGCGAGUGCUAUGGGCACGACACAAGUAGUGCUCUCCUCUUUUGGGCCCUACAGCAGCAGUACAAGCAGCCGGCCGCACUCGGCUGUGCCAGCAACGGCAGCCACAGGUCAGGGCACGCCCCCAUGCUGAUGAAAUCGCUCCAGUCACCGGGCUGCACGGACACCACAGCGUACGUGUUGCCCCUGACAGCGGCCCAGGUCUUGGCGGCAAUGUCGCCAGCUGCGCAAGCAAGUCUUGCAAUGGACGGCCGGCAGCAGGAGCGGCAGCAGCAGUGGCAGCAGCAGCGGCCACAGCAGCGGCAGCAGCAGCGGCAGCAGCCGCAGCAGCAGCAGCAGCAGCAGCAGCAGCAGCAGCAGCAACCUUUGGACCCCGGCACAAACCUGGAGACAGCUGAAGGUGGUGCCACCGGCAUGUGCAGAUGCUGUGGGCCAGCAUGGCAGCAGCAGCAGGUGGCGGCGAUCCCCCCUUCGGGCUGUCCACCUGCAGAGCCAGAUUUGCUGCCACUUGUGACGGUGGCAGCCUUGGCGACAGGAAUUGACAGCAGCAGCAGUCCUCUGCUAGGCAGCCCCAUCAAGCGCAAAGUGCGGGCUGCACGCACACGAAUGGCCCGUGCACACAUCAUCAGCGACGGCGACAACGCAGCUCACUCACCGCUGUUGACGGCAGUGGCGCCGGAGGACUGCCCCUGUGCAGAUGCACCGGCUGCUGCUGUGGAGGACCCUGAGGCUCCGCCGUCGCUGGCUGUG